GGGAAAAUGUGAGUCAGGAGGGAGGGAAGUAAAGAGGAGAGGUGAUGUCAAAGUAGUUGAGCUCAGAGAGUAAACAGAUCUUAAGACUGCAGCAUGUGUUUAUCUGCUCAGCUGAAGAGGCUCAGUCGGCGGCCAGGCCAUAUUCUCUUCUCAAAGUUCACUACCCUACUCAUCAUCUUCCUCUUGUCGGCUCAGGGCACAGCCUGGCCGUAUGAUUACAGGUUCCUGUACAACUACUGUCCAGGGCCCGAGUGGAGUGUGAUGUGUAGGGGAUGCUGUGAAUAUGAUGUCAUCCACUGUAAAUGUCCUCUUCAAGGAACUUCGGUAGGUUAUGCAGUGCCAUGCUGUCGUAAUGCUGUAAAUGAAUGCGAUGCCUGCAUCAUCCAUCCUGGCUGCAGCAUAUUCGAAAACUGCAAGCGGUGUAACAAUGGCACAUGGGGCCCAAGGGAUGAUUUCUUUGUAAGAGGGCAGUACUGUGCAGAGUGUCGCCCAGGCUGGUCUGGUGGGGACUGUUUAACAUGUGGUGGAGUAAUUCAUAAGAGACAAGGUCACCUGGUUCUGGAGAGUUACCCAACCAAUGCCCGCUGUGAGUGGACACUAAAAGUUGAUCAGCCUUUCACCAUUGAUCUAAGGUUCAUGAUGCUCAGUUUGGAGUUUGACCACAGCUGCCAGUAUGACUAUGUUGAAGUGAGGGAUGGAGAGAGCUUGAACUCACGCGUGAUUGGACGUUAUUGUGGAAAUGAGCGACCUCCUCCAAUCAAAAGUACUGGCAAUUCACUGCACAUUCUUUUCAUCUCAGAUGGUUACAAAAAUUUUGAUGGGUUUUUUGCCAUCUUUCAGGAGAGCUCAGAAUGCACAUCCUCUCCAUGUCUGCACGAUGGCACCUGCAUUGUAGACUCCUCUCACUCCUUCCACUGUGCCUGCCUGGCUGGAUAUACUGGAAAGAGAUGUGAACAUGUGCUUGAGUGCAGAAGGCCUUUGCUUCCAGUCCACGGGACCACAGAGCAUCUGGAUGUAAGGGUUGGAGGACAUGCUGUGUUCCAGUGUGACCCAGGAUACACAUUAAAGGGUUUCAGGAUGGCCACAUGUUUAUUAGAUGGUUCAUGGAGCACACCAAGUCCAAAGUGUGUGCCUGAACAAUACUGCAGCAUUCCUCCAAAGCCAGAGCAUGGUGAUCACUUCCUUGUUUACGGACCAAAUGAUGUACUUAUUGCUAUGCAGUAUUUCUGCUAUAAGCAAUACAAACUGAACGGAACCCCUCAGAGAACCUGUCUGGGUAAUAACACUUGGAGUGGGACAGCACCAACCUGUGUCAAAGAGCUAGACAUAAUUCCUGCAGCAGAUAAUGAACAAAGCAAAGGCAAGCACAAACCUACCGGACAAGACCAAGCAGGUCAUGCAAAGAACAAAACUUCAAAAACAGUCAAAGAUAUAAAACCACAAAAACCUACCCCUGGAAAAGAAGAUGUGGGACAAGAUGGAAAGUUUGGCGAAGACAUGGGCAUAGAUUUUGGGAGCAAUAUUGUAAAAGAAAAACCUAAAGCUGAAAACAAAGAUGCUGAUACCAGCAUCAACACGAUCAGAAAGAAAGAAACCGAAGAGGAUAAGGACACUGUUAAACCCUUUGACAAAGAGGCACAUUUAGAUAUCGGAAAGAAAGUUGGAAGUUCAACAAAAGAUUUGGGCAUGGAAUAUAUAGAUAUUGUCUUGAUAGACAACAGGAUGGCCAAUAAUCAGACACCAAAGGCUGACGAAACCAAAGAUGAUGGAAUAGACAAAGGACAGAAAAGAACUGAUGGACCUCAAUAUACAAUAUUAAGCUUGACUGAAGAUGAGAAAAACAACAUUCUUCAUGAAAUAGAUACCAUACACAAAGGGAAUAACACUCAAUUUUUCAAUAGGAAUGAUAUUGAAAAUUUGGGGACAGUACUUAUAGAAACUGAACAACUCCCGACACCUAAUACUGGAAAUAAUAGCACAACAAUCGUACCGAUAGAGACCGAAACAACUGAAAAAAUGACAAUGACGGCUAAACCUACGGAAAAGGUCAAAGUGGAUGAAGUGAACGUAAAGAUGUCAGAACAGGAUUUACAGCAAGAGACAAAAAAAGAAUCUCAACAAAAUACAGACAUAGAAGAGGGUGAAGGGAGGCCAUGUCUUCGACUGUCACCGUUGUAUAAUGGUUACUAUAAGUUGGUUCCUGAUCUCCUUCCAGAAACAGUGGAGUACUUCUGCAAUCAGUCUUAUGCUCUGAGUGGGAGCGCACGGAGGACGUGUCAUCCUAACGGCACCUGGUCCGGCACACAGCCCAUCUGCAUGAGAGCCUGUCGAGAGCCCAAAGUAUCUGUGCUGGUCAAACAGAGAGUUCUGCCUCACCGUAUCCCAUCCAGGAAAACACCUGUGCAAAAGUUUUAUUCUUCCUCUGGAUUGACAAAUUUUUUAAGGGAAGUGCAGCCCACCCAGGCGCCUUUCAGCAUGCCCCCGCUCCCACAGGGGUUUCACCAUGUCUACACACAUAUUGAGUAUGAGUGUAUGUCACCUUAUUAUCAGCACUUUGGAAGUGCACGCCGAACCUGUCUGAAGAUAGGAAAGUGGAGUGGACGCCAUGUUUCUUGUUCACCUGUGUGUGGGAAGCUGACAAACUUUGACCCUCAGAACCCUUCUGAGACUAACUGGCCCUGGCUGGCUGCCAUCUACCGUUUGCCUACUGCAAGUAAACUAGGGAAGUUAAGUGUGGCCAAGACAAUGAAAGCAAACACUGAACCAAUGGAAGAAGAGAGUGACAUGGAUGGUUGGCAGCUUGUCUGCAGCGGAGCCCUGGUGAACCAGCGAAGUGUGGUUGUAGCCGCUCACUGUGUCACAGAGCUGGGGAAAUUAUAUCCACUUGACACGGCCAAAAUAAGGGUAGUUCUUGGCAAACAGUAUCGCAAUGAUCUGAGAGUGACCAAGGGACUGCAGCGAUUACGGGUAUCCUCCAUCACUCUACAUCCAAACUAUGAUCCCCUGGUGCUGGAUUCAGAUGUGGCUGUAUUGAAACUCUUGGACAAGGCUCGUGUUGGAGAACAUGUGCUUCCUAUUUGUCUACCAGACGCUCACAAUAUAGUAGAAGACUCCAGACAUGGGAUGGUGACAGGCUGGUCCCUCUUACCUGACCAGAAGGCUGGAGACGCUGAGAAAGCACGUGUUGGCCGUGUGAUUCUGGGGGAUAUUGUUCAGUGUGAGCAGCAAUAUGCAAACUACGGUGUUCCUAUCAGUGUAUCUGAAAACAUGUUGUGUGGGCGACAGGGUUCUGGUGCAGAGCAGUCAAACAUCUGCCCUGCUGACACUGGGGGGAUUCUUAUUUUGCCUCCAGUUUCCUCAGGUUCCAGUUUGACACCUCCACAUGGGCAGGGCUCACAGGAGUGGACACUUUUAGGGUUGGUCAGUUUUGGAUAUGAUUCUCUAAACUGCAACCCAGAGCUUUACACCGUAUACACUCAUGUUGCUAAUUUUGUCAGCUUUAUAGAGGAAAAUAUGACAUAGGCUGUCUCUGUAUCUCUGUCUCCUUUGUAUUCAUUAAUUUUUUUCUAUCCAUUAUAAUAUGGCAUUAAUGUACAGGCUUAAAUACACUGGACUAUGCACAGAUAUAUAUAUAUAUAUAUAUAUAUAUAUAUAUAUAUAAGACAUGGGACUUAAUUUAAACCUUAUUGUAACCAUUAUAAGGAAAAUAGUCCUAAGACAACAUAGUCCUAAAAAAAUAUUUCAAUGUUUUAGGAAAAAGUCCUAAAACACAAACACUGAGCAGCUUCUGACAUUUAAGUUGCCCUCAGUCUCUCAGGUUUGCUUUGACUAGAAAUCUUAUCAAUGUACAUAAACUGUAAUGUAUUUACCAUUGUAAGCACUAUUGAAAGAUGUAUAAAAGAUGUACAUAUUUUCAAAAAUCUUUGUACUAAAUAAACGUCAAUGUAAAUGUAAA